AAUUUACUAAGUAACAGAAUGAGGGAUUUUAUGGAAAAGGUAAUAAUUAGUUAAGGAGGCAUGUUUUAUAUGAAAGGUUUUAUCUUUAUUGUUACUGAAUUUUAGUAUCUUCCAAAACAAUAACAUAUUUAAAGCACCUUAUUUAAAAAAAAAACGUUGCUUUAUUGUGUAGGGGAUAAGUAGCAGAUAUAAUGCAAAUUUGAAAUAAAAGGCUGUAAUUACACUAUUUACUGAUAGACGCCAGCUAUUUAUAUUUACUACUGUUUCUGUACAUUGUAUGUUUUUAAUUACUGUGUAGAUCGCAAACAAUGUUCUAUAAUAACUUUUUCACCAAAAAUGUUGGUGAAAAUGAUCAAUUUUUAAUGAAAAUACAAUAAAAGAACAAUCCUGUUUGGGGGUCAUUAACGCAUUGCGCAUGCGCACACCUUUCUACGUAUUAGGUCAUUGUUCUGCGUGACCGUUGGCUAAAGUGCUAGCCGUAAGCUAACUGGAGAUUUAAAUUUCUUAAAACGUAUUUUACCGGUUAGUAAAACUGUCUGGAUUGCAGGGAGCAUUCUAACGUAUCUAAAAUCCACAAUGAGCAAGAGGAAAGCACCGCAAGAGUCCCUAAAUGAGGGAAUUACUGACUUUCUUGUCGAGCUGGCAAAUUACGAGAAGAACGUCAACAGAGCAAUACACAAGUACAAUGCAUACAGGAAAGCAGCUUCCACCAUUGCCAAGUACCCCAACAAGAUUAAGAGUGGAGAAGAGGCCAAGAAACUGUUGAAGAAAAUCACUAAUUUUCUUCAACUUUUCACAAUUUUACAGGAUGGAGUUGGAGCCAAAAUAGCAGAAAAGAUUGAUGAGUUUCUUCAAACUGGCAAGUUAAGGAAACUUGAAAAGAUCCGAAACGAUGACACCAGCUCUUCCAUCAAUUUCCUUACCAGAGUAACUGGAAUUGGCCCGGCUGCCGCAAGGAAGUUCUUCGAGGAAGGGGUUAAGACUUUAGAUGAUUUGAAAAAGGUAGAGCACAAGCUAAAUCAUCAUCAAAAGAUUGGGCUCAAGUACUUUGAAGAAUUUGAAAAAAGAAUCCCACGAGCUGAAAUGGAGAAGAUGGAGACUCUUAUUCUUGGAGAGUUGACAGAAAUCGAUACAGAAUACAUCGGAACAAUUUGUGGAAGCUACAGGAGAGGUGCAGCAUCGAGUGGUGAUAUUGAUAUUUUAUUGACCCACCCAAAGUACACUUCUCAAACCGAGAAGCAGCCCAAACUCCUUCAUGCUGUGGUUGAGCAUUUGGAGUCUGUCGGCUUCGUCACCGACACUUUGUCCAAAGGAGACACCAAGUUCAUGGGCGUCUGUCAGCUGCAGCCUAGUGAUGAUGAUGAGGAAGAAUAUCUUCACAGGCGUAUUGAUAUAAGGUUGAUUCCCAAGGACCAAUACUACUGUGGAGUUCUGUAUUUUACUGGAAGUGACAUCUUUAACAAAAAUAUGAGGACUCAUGCCCUGGAGAAGGGCUUCACUCUUAAUGAGUACACCAUAAGACCACUUGGUGUCACUGGAGUGGCUGGGGAGCCUCUGCUGGUGGAUAGUGAGAAAGACAUCUUUGACUACAUCCAGUACAAAUACAGAGAGCCGAAGGAUCGCAGCGAGUAAAACAAUGCUACAGCUGUCCUGCAAACAAGAUUUUACUAGAAACAAGUGUUAUGCUUUUGCCAUACCUUCAUAACGCUGAGAAGAAAGUAACUGUGAAAAUGUUUUUAAUGAUUUGUGUUGAAAUAUUCCUACCUAAAUUGAAAUGGUCAUCACUCUUGUGAAAAAAACGCUGUAUUUAUAUGUUGACUUUACACACAAACAUCCUUGUGAACAUAACUUCAACUUGUUUUUUAUCAUGUAAACAAUAAUUUAUUUGACCUUAUUUUUAUUAGUUUUUAUUGUUACAAAAAAACAAAAUGUCUAGAUAAGUCAUUUUUUAACUGGAAUGACCUGUUGCAUGUAAUGUAUGUGCUGAGACUCGUGUUUUUCUUGGCGAUGGUGCUCUUGAAUACAGCUUACUUGUACUUUUAUUUCUUAUUUGGUUAAGUAGACAAAGGGGAAAGUGGUAGUAGACGUUAUCAUGCCAAUAUUGUGCUUGCUUAUCUGUUUGCGGGAAAAAUACAUGUUCGAAUGGGACAUAAUAGCAUUUUGAGUGAUGUUUUCAAAAGUAAAAUAAGGUGUAAGACUUGAAUACAAGAUUUGCAUUAACUAUUUUAGUUUGGGUUUUGAAUACUUGCAUGAGGGGGAAUUAUGAAAUUGAUUCAACUGUUAACUGAGUGUGAAUGAAAUAAAGGAAAGUGAUGGAUUUCUAUUAGCCAGCCAA